AUGCGAGAACUUUGGAUAGCUUUACUCCCAUUGGUGCUAUCCCAGUCUAUCAAUAAGGUUAACUUGGGUUUCCCGGAGGCUUGGGAUGGGGACAAAUACAGAGAAUUGUAUUGUCCGAGUAAAAACAUCCCAAAAUGGUUAGACGGUUAUUUCUUGUGUCAACUCUCCGCCUCUUACGGAAACUCGUCGGCUCCACCCGGCCAACGACUCAAUCAUAUGAUCGACGCGAUUGGAGCCGUUGGAUCUUUCCAUAUCAGUAAUGGGCAGGUCAUUUUCUCUGCUCAAUACUAUCCAGCUCGACCCUACAAGAUCUGGGAAUUCUAUGACAGAAAUAUGUCAAAGUCAUCAGUUCCUUGGGCUGGAUGGUCGGACUAUAACUUGACGGCAAUGGCGAGAUGGGAACAGGUCCCAGCCAACACCGACUCUGCUCGUUUUCAUCCAAAUCUUGACUUCUGGAAAGUGGGAAAUCGAGUAAUUGCCGGAACAGAGGCUCCAUAUUGGGUCGGAUAUGAGUUUGAUGUGCGAACUCUAAACAAGUUCAAGCUCUUCCCAUUCAUAGAAGAGAACGAUAUUUUCGGCGUUCCUCGACCGUCGAUGAUUCCGAUUUCGAUGGCGAUUCACGAGCGCAAUGAUGCUGAUGGAACAAUUUGGGGCUCGUUUUCAGCAAUGAACUUCAACGAGCAGCGCUUUUUCCAGGGAAUUUUCACCGUCGACAAGAACGGAGUGCGUCGUGUUGUCGGUCUUUACGACUACGGUGUCUGGGAUCCGAAUGCUUGCGGACACGAUGACGAAUACAUUGGAGAUAAAACCCUUCUACCUGGCUAUAUUCAUUCGAUCACUUCAACCGAAAAGUACAUCAUUUUACCGAUCACGUCACUUCUCAUCAACCCAUGCAAGUUCAAGGAGCCACCAAUGAGCAACCCUCGAUCUGCUAUCCAAAAUGGAGGCCUUUGGGGAAUGGACUUUUACGAUAUGGUCCCAAUGAGAUUCUUGAUCUUCAACAAGAAAACCAAAGAAUGGGUAACGCCAAAACCGUUGGAAGUUUUCCCGUCAAUGUUCGUCACUCAUCAGUUGAAUGCUUUUGAAAGCCCUGAUGGAACGAUCACCGCUGACAUGGUCGUCUACGACAGUCACGAUCCUUAUGUGAAAUAUUUCUACACCGACUUCUUGACCUCUCAACUCUACCCAUCAACAGCCAGGAUUCUGAGAUUCACGUUAGAUGUGAAACAGCAUCGUGUCAUGUACUCAUACUUGAUUCCACAAGAAACGAUUGGAGCCGAUUUUCCGCAAAUCAAUCGCGGCUACGAGGCGCGAGCUUAUCAAUGGGCAUGGAUCCUUGAGCAUCCAUUCGCUGCCGAUAACAAGAUUAUCAAGAUCAAUGUCGACGAUCCAAGCGGUCAGCGAAACGUUGAGUACAAAGCGGAAAGCUCACUGGUACUGCACGAGCCGUGGUUUGUCGCUCGACCCGAUUCAAGGAGAGAAGAUGAUGGAGUGCUUCUAGUUAGAGCUUUAGAUCUACACGAAAAUAAAGGUGUUCUCUUGGUGCUCGAUGCAACGACAAUGUCCGAAGUCGGCAGAGCCUAUGUUCCGAUCAGUAUUCCCUUUGGUUUCCACAAUCGUUUCUUCUCGAAGAAGGAUCUUGGCCUCCCAGACGGCGUCCCACCACCACAGCACAGCUCACAGUUCAGACCUGGCAGCCCGACUGAGCUAUUGAAAAGACGGCAAUUCAUGUCCACCAAGAUCUUCAACACUCCAACAACUUCAAGCACCACAACGACAACAACCUCCACGUCCACGACUACCACAACAACUGCUAAAGCAACAACGACAGCACAGUCACUUCGUCAGAACCCACAAAGCGUAAAGACGACUUUCCGGCCGCAAACGGUGACCACACAAAAAUGGACUCCAUAUUCGACUUCGACAACACAAAGAACAACUACUGCUCCACCACCGACAACUACUCCACGAAUCCCGCGAUGGUGGCCUUUAGCCAGUGCUUCUACUGAAGAACCGUGGUGGGCUAAAGUGCUCCGCUCAAAGCAGGCAACGAUCCCACCAGUUUUCCCGCCGAUCAGUGGCGAGAAAGUGGCCAUUAAACCGCCACCAGUUGUUUCCCCCGUUGUCACUAAUCAGAUAACGGUUGAGAAUCAAAGAAAUGGAACAACAGCGAUUGAGGAUAUCUAUGAGGAGACAAUCAACGCAUUGUGUCGAUGGUUGCCAAAGGUGUUCACAGCGAUCUCGCACGAGUUGUGCCUUCAACAGGGAAAGAAAGCGGCCAAGUGGGUAGCCCCAUUGGCUAAUUCGUAUGCGGAACGUUUCCGUUUGGGACGAGUGAAUCGUGGGUUGACUGGAGUCGAGACACCACUUGUUCGACCAGCUCUUCGACCAGCUCCCACUCAAGUAACCCCCACUCCAUCAACUCCAACUACUCGUAAUUCGAAUAAUUUG